AUUUGUAAGAAAUGCGCCAAUUUACAAGGCAGUCCAGUAUAUUCUGAUCUUUUGAUAUAUGCAAAGAAGCCUUUAUAUGCGAAGGAAGUCCAUUUACUUCAACUAAAUGAAACUUUACAGUUUAGAUAUUGCUCAGAAGAUGGAUAUUUUUGAUUUAAAAACAGCAUUAGAAACAAGUAUCCUUGUUAUAAAUAGCAAUACGAAAGGAAUAGUAAAUACAGAGUUAUAUCAUCGUUGUGCAAGUAAUUUUUAUACAAGGAUGUCAAAUAAUGGUAUUGCAUCUGCAGCGUUUCGUAUUGAUCAUGGUAAUAUUAUACGCUCUAUAAAACACGUUGGAUACGAUACUGAUUUGCAAAACUGGAUGAAUUAUCGUAACAAUGUAUUUCGAUCACACAAUCUCAAACAAGAUGAUGUAGUCGAUCAUCGCGCGAAUAGAUCUAGUUUGUUAUUAUUAGAGCCACUACUGUUAAUGCCAGAAUUAGGAAACUCUAGGUAUAGACACAGAAAAAAUCGUAUUUCACAAUCAGAGCACAUAAAAAUAGUAAAGAUAGUAAUUGCCUAUACUCUUUCUUUCUUCAUUUUAGCAACAAUCACAUUUUAUAUAGUUUAUUUCACUUAAUAAAAUAUGAUAUUCUUUUAUACUCAUUCCUUUAUUUUUUGCAUGGAACAUUUUCAGAAUCUAAUUUUAUCUAAUAUUUAAAACUAUUAAAUUUUUUGUUUCAAGCUUUUACUACAUAAAUACCAAUGUUGUCUUUUAUUCGUGUAUUCUUUUGCAUGAAACUUCCAUAUAAUAAAUUUUAUAUAAACUAUA